CCCUCUGACCCCCCCCACCACUACCCCAACAGGCCGCGCCUUUUCCGUUCCGUGUCCAAGGCGGAAGGGGCGGGGCCCGCAGGGGGAGCACUUCCGGUCUGAGGAGCAACAGAGACGCGGGCAGCGGGCGGCCAUGACGGUACACAACCUGUACAUCUUCGACCGGAGCGGCGCGUGCUUAUACUAUGGCGAGUGGAACCGGCGCAAGACGGCCGGCAUCUCCCGCGAGGAGGAGUUUAAGCUGAUGUACGGGAUGCUGUUCUCCAUCAAAUCUUUCAUCAGCAAAAUGUCUCCCACGGACAUGAAAGAUGGCUUCCUCAACUUCCAGACGAGCCGCUAUAAGCUGCACUACUAUGAGACGCCCAGCGGCGUCCGCGUCGUGCUCAACACCGACCUGCAAGUGGGCUCUCUGCGUGACAUCCUGCACCAGAUCUACAGCACGUUUGUGGUGGAGCUGGUGGUGAGGAACCCUCUGGUGAACCAGCGGGAGGUGGUAAGGAGUGAACUCUUCAAGCAGAAGCUGGACAGCUUCAUCCGCGGGCUUCCCUUUUUUGCACCACGCCCAGCAUAACCAUCCAGCAGUGGAGAACGCAACAGCAGCAGCAGCACUCCCUCCCCACCUAACCCUGGAAUAAACAGCGUCGAUGUGAA